GGUCUUUCUUCUCCACGUGGGGACCCAGGAUGGCUGCGGCGGUGGUGGACGAGGCGGCGGCGGGUGACGUGCAACGGCUGCUAGUGCAGUUCCAGGAUGAAGGUGGGCAGCUGCUGGGCUCCCCGUUUGACGUGCCCGUGGACAUCACCCCGGACAGGCUGCAACUAGUGUGCAACGCGCUGCUGGCCCAGGAGGAUCCCCUACCGCUGGCGUUCUAUGUCCAUGAUGCUGAGAUCACCUCCUCACUUGGGAAGACACUGGAGUCCCAGGCAGUGGAGACAGAGAAGGUCAUAGACAUCAUCUACCAGCCACAGGCUAUCUUCAGGGUCCGGGCUGUGACCCGCUGCACCAGCUCCUUGGAAGGUCACAGCGAGGCCGUCAUCUCUGUGGCCUUCAGCCCCACUGGAAAGUACCUGGCUAGUGGUUCCGGAGACACCACUGUGCGCUUCUGGGAUCUCAACACAGAGACACCACAUUUCACUUGCAAGGGACACAGACACUGGGUCCUUAGUAUAUCCUGGUCCCCAGAUGGCAAGAAGCUGGCCUCAGGCUGUAAGAAUGGCCAGAUUCUCCUGUGGGACCCAAGCACAGGGACGCAAGUGGGCAGGACUCUCACCGGCCACAGCAAGUGGAUCACAGCCCUGAGCUGGGAGCCUCUUCAUACGAACCCUGAGUGCCGCUAUGUGGCCAGCAGCUCCAAGGACGGCAGUGUGCGGGUCUGGGACACAACCGCAGGUUGCUGUGAGCGCAUCCUCACCGGACACACCCAGUCUGUCACCUGUCUCCGGUGGGGAGGAGACGGGCUUCUCUAUUCUGCCUCCCAGGACCGCACCAUCAAAGUCUGGAGGGCUCACGACGGUGUGCUGUGCCGGACUCUGCAAGGCCAUGGGCACUGGGUGAAUACCAUGGCACUCAGCACUGACUAUGCCCUGCGCACAGGGGCCUUUGAGCCUGCUAAGGCCUCGGUUAAUGCCCAAGAACUCCAGGGGUCAUUACAGGAGCUGAAGGAGGGGGCUCUGAGGCGAUACAACCAUGUGCGGGGCCAGGGCCCAGAGAGGCUGGUGUCUGGCUCAGAUGACUUCACCUUAUUCCUGUGGUCCCCAGCAGAGGACAAGAAGCCCCUGGCACGGAUGACGGGACAUCAGGCCCUCAUCAACCAGGUGCUUUUCUCUCCCGACUCCCGCAUCAUGGCCAGUGCCUCCUUCGACAAGUCCAUCAAGCUGUGGGACGGCAGGACGGGCAAGUACCUGGCUUCCCUGCGUGGCCAUGUGGCUGCUGUGUACCAGAUUGCAUGGUCAGCUGACAGCCGACUUCUGGUCAGUGGCAGCAGUGACAGCACACUGAAAGUGUGGGACGUGAAGGCCCAGAAGCUGGCCAUAGACCUGCCUGGCCAUGCGGAUGAGGUGUAUGCUAUUGACUGGAGUCCAGACGGUCAAAGAGUGGCAAGUGGUGGGAAGGACAAAUGCAUCCGGAUAUGGAGGAGAUGAAGAGUCCCACAGUUCUCUGGGACCAGCAGCUGGACUCUACCUCUGGCAGCUGCCUGCCCUGCUGGAGAAUAAAGGCCAGGGAGGCCAUGUACACUCCCUCCUCACCAGUGGUGGCCUGAGAAUGCACAUGGCCUGCUGUCCUUGCAGACCCUAGUGGGGUCUCCCCACAAGUCCCCAGCCUGUGGCAUGCCCUGAAACCAAAACUUGGAAGUGACAGGACAUUCUCGCUGAACUCAGCAGCACUCUGUAGGCUGCUGGUGCUGGGAGGCUAAGCGGAGGCCAAGCUCUGAUGAAGCCCUGCUGUUCCUGCCGCUGCCUCUUUCCGGUCAGUUCUGUUUGAGGUCAGACCCCAAGUUCUGUGACCAAAUAAAUUAUAUUUUAUGUG